GGCACGGAAGUGGGGAGGAAGGGCGGGGCUCGCCGUCUGCCGGCUCGGCCUUCCAGUGCGGGCAGCGGCCAGGCGAGCGAGGGGGGCCGACGGCGGCUGCGUCCCAUUACUGCUGCUGCUGCUGCUGCGAAAGGCGGUCGAGAUGUUCAGCUGGCUGAAGCAAGGCGGGCGCCACCGGCCCGGGGAAGGCGAGGACGUGGUGGAGACGGUGACGGGCGGCCUAAAGGAGCUGUACGCGAAGAAGCUGCUGCCGUUGGAGGAGCAGUACCACUUCCACGAGUUCCACUCGCCCGCGCUGGAGCCCGCCGACUUCGACAACAAGCCCAUGGUGCUCCUCGUGGGCCAGUACAGCACCGGCAAGACCACUUUCAUCCGGUAUCUGUUGGAAGAGGAUUUUCCAGGAAUGAGGAUUGGUCCAGAACCAACUACAGAUUCCUUCAUUGCUGUCAUGCAUGGAGACACUGAAGGGAGUAUUCCAGGGAAUGCUCUUGUAGUAGACCCUAAAAAGCCAUUUCGCAAACUCAGCCGUUUUGGAAAUGCAUUCUUGAAUAGGUUCAUGUGUGCUCAGUUGCCCAAUCAGGUUCUGAAGAGCAUCAGCAUCAUAGACAGCCCUGGCAUUCUUUCAGGAGAGAAACAGCGAUUACGCAGAGGUUAUGACUUCUGUCAGGUUCUGCAGUGGUUUGCUGAGCGUGUUGAUCGUAUCAUCCUCUUAUUUGAUGCCCACAAACUUGAUAUUUCUGACGAGUUCUCAGAAGCAAUCAAAGCGUUCCGGGGUCAGGAUGACAAGAUCCGGGUUGUGUUGAAUAAGGCUGACCAAGUAGACACCCAGCAGUUAAUGAGAGUCUAUGGAGCACUCAUGUGGUCUUUGGGAAAAGUGAUUAAUACUCCAGAAGUGUUACGUGUCUACAUUGGCUCUUUUUGGUCUCAGCCCCUGCAAAACUCAGAGAACCGAAAGCUGUUUGAGGUGGAAGCACAAGAUCUGUUCCAGGACAUCCAGAACCUACCACAAAAGGCAACAGUGAGAAAACUGAAUGACCUUAUCAAGAGAUCACGGCUUGCAAAGGUACAUGCUUAUAUUAUUAGUCACCUGAAGAAGGAAAUGCCUUCGGUAUUUGGAAAAGAAAAUAAGAAGAAAGAACUGAUCGACAAGCUACCUGAGAUUUAUAUGCAGUUGCAGCAACAGUACCAGAUCUCACCAGGCGACUUCCCUGAAGUCAAGAAAAUGCAGGAGCAGUUGGAGAAAUACGACUUCACCAAAUUCCAUUCUCUGAAGCCAAAGCUGAUUGAAGCUGUAGAUAAUAUGCUGGCAAACAAAGUUGCCUACCUCAUGACUCUGGUGAGCCAGGAAGAGCGUAACACGCCUGCGCAGAAAGUUCAAGGUGGGGCAUUUGAAGGCACCACAGUAGGACCAUUUGACCAGGGCUAUGGGGAAGGUGCCAAGGAAGGAGCCGGUGAGGAGGAGUGGAUUGUUGCCAAAGAUAAGCCUGUAUAUGAUGAAAUCUUUUACACACUCUCACCAGUCAAUGGUAGAGUCUCUGGGGCCAAUGCAAAGAAGGAAAUGUUGACCUCCAAACUGCCCAACAGUGUCCUGGGAAAAAUCUGGAAGCUUGCUGACUGUGAUAACGAUGGCAUGUUGGAUGAGGAGGAAUUUGCAUUAGCAAAGCAUCUUAUCAAGAUAAAACUGGAGGGAUAUGAACUCCCCAGUAGCUUGCCUGUCCAUCUGGUACCUCCAUCGCAUAGAAAACCUUUGCAUGGGGCACAGUGAUAACCGCAUUCUAAAAAUGUUAAAAGUUCAGUACCUGUUACAGUUAAAGAUUGUAUAACACACUUGAAGGUAGGGUUCUUGUCAAGCAUUUUAGGGCCACUUCUAACAUUGAAUCUGUCCUAUACGGAUACCAUUUGCACACGAAAAAGCACAGAAGCUAUCAUGUACCUCAUGCACUGGGGAGUGAUGCUUAGUGGCAGUUUUCUCCUAUGUGCAUUUGUGCAACAUGUAUAUCUUGUAAAAUAAACACGUGUAUAAUCAUGGCAUGUGUCAUGGCAGGCUCAACAUGCUUUCUGGCAUUUGUAGUGGCCCUCAGUUAGAUGCUACAUUCCGUACACAUUACAGGAACUAGCAACAUAGCACAGGGAUGAAGCUAUGUUAUGAAGCUAUGAAGGCCCCUCAGCAAAAGGACAGCAGGGGGGAGUGUUUCUUACAAGUGCCUUUGAAAAUUACCUUCUGGUUUUUGUGGGUAAGGUUUUUGACAUUUUUUUCCACUGUGUUUACAAUCAAAAUACUAAACUGGGAUUGAGCAGAUGUAAAAACAGUUGCCGCUAUAUGCUAAACAAUGCUUUGAUAAUACAGUGCAAAACUACCUUUAUUCUUCAAAAGGAAAUCUAACAUUUUACACAUCCAGGAGGCAGGAAUUUGUUGACUAAUGAUACUUGAAAAGAAAAUCCACCUUCUGCAAUUCCAUUUAGAGAUGGUAAGAAUGCGCUUCAGUUCAGUUUUUUUGUUUUAGCCAAAAAUUAAAAACCUGCCUUGGAGCAGACUUCUUUACAAAGUCAUAUUUGUUUGGGGAAGGAGAAAAGGGGAACGUAUGCAUGGAAAGAGCUUUCGUGAGAAUAUGUAAUUGUAUUUAGAAAAUCAACAAAUUACUAUAUUUGAAAGUUUUAUAUAUAUAUAGAGAGAGAGAGAUUUUUAAAAUCUUACAGCUCUUUAGCUACUGUAGAGGUUAUCACUGUUGUCUCUGUAUAAGUAGAAUAUAUAUGAAGAGACCUGCUGGAUCAGACCAAGGGUCCAACAGUGGAACUCAGUGUCAGGACAUGAAGGCAAUAGUCUCCGCAUUGUUUACCUUCACAUCUGCUAGUUGGAGGUGUACUAUUACUAAACAUGGAGAUCCUUUUUUAGCAUCAUGCCUACUAGAUAGAAAUAGUCUCUAUUUAUCUUAGGCAUUUUUCAAGCUAUCAAAUACAGAGGCCUUUGCCACAUCUUGUGGAAGUGAAUUCCACAAGUUGAUUUUUGUUGUAAUACUGUGAACCCCCUGGUAGUUGGUUGGGGGUUUUUUUUUAAGAAAAAGAAUAAUGUGCAUUAUAUACAAAUAUUGCCACUUCUGAUCACUGCAUUGAUUUGCAAUUAUAUAUAUGUGUGUGUCAAUAGAGGGUGAGGUGACUUAAAUUAGUUAAUAAUAAUAGUUUGCACAGGUUAAAGUAGUUUGAUCUAAUAAUUCUAAGGCUUUAUUUUUAACAUCCACAGGAAACCUCCCUGUAUAUUCUAACCUACAAAGUGUUAUUUUCACUUCUUUCAUUUAUGGACUACCACUAGAUUAUGACUGGCUUGUGGCAUGAAACCUGUACAGUGAAUGCAUCGAGGGAGGGCUACAGUAGUCUAACCAAAAGGCCUGUAGGUGUCCUUUCAUGAAAAACAGAGCAAAUGAGUCAGUUUCUCCUGUUGCAUCAGCAAAGUACUAUUCGUUGAUUUAAUCACUUAUGCUAUCACUUGCGGACUCAGUCUGAGCAACAAAUGAUGUCACCCAGGAAUCUCCAGACUUCAUAUGAAACUGCCUUAGACACAUUACUGGUCCAUCUGUCUUAGUAUUAUCUACUGUUAUCUAUUCUGGCACUCCAGGGUCUUUCCCAAACUAGUAACUUCAGAUCUUUCUAAAUUGAGUUGUCAGGGAUUAAACUUUGGACCUGCUUGAAGAGCAGGAGACCCCUUGACAGUUUAUGUGUUAUGUGGAGAUCAGUGCAUCCCUAUAUAGUAGCUGAGAAACUUAAGACUGGUGCAAUCAUCUUCUUAGUGCAUCCUUUUAAUGCUAUAGUUCAGUGAGAAAUCAAUUAACAAACUAACAGCUCUAUUCCUACUGUUACUAUGGUUUGUGUGUAUUCUUUGUUUACAGGCACAGACAUCACUCAGGAUAAGUAGCAUAGGCUAGCAGUGUCCUUCUUGCUUUCUGGGGUUUAUGGUUUUCAAAAUAGUUGUGGGUUUUUUUGGCCAGGAUUGUGAUGGGAUAGAGGAAAGAAUGGGGAGGGUGAUGGGGAGGGGGAGGAAGGAAAGAAGACAAAUGAGUCAAGAGGCCAGACUUCAGGAAGAAGUUUGUUCAUGUUCUUGUUGCACCUUCAGUCUUUACCUGCCCCUGUGUGUUUAUUUCGAGACCACUCUUUGACAAUGCUUUAUUAUCUUUUCAAAAGAAAACUGAAGUCACUGGAUGCUAACAGAUAAAGAAACUGCAAGAUCAGAUUUUCUGUUACAUCACAUGUAGGCAGAAUAUAUUAUUUCUCGUACAGCUAAGAAAUCCAAUUUCACUCAUAUUUAAUUGACCUCACGUUCUGGAGAAAAGUGUCUCUCUCUCGCUGCACUAUCUUUCUCUAGAACAGUUGUUAGUAUUUAUCUAAGCAUCUGCUUUUCUUGUGCAAUUUCCUCAAAUCUUUGUUUCUCCCCACAAUGAAAUCAUUUUCCCUGUUAUUUAUUAUCCUGCAGUGAUUUUAGAGGUUUUGUAACUGAAAUGUGCUGCAAUUUUGUUCUCAGCUAAGUCGAAACACUCUAUUUUUGUCAACUACAGCGUCAGAAUUUUUGAGUGACUUUAAAAAUGGUAGAAUUGCGGUUUUAGGUAAAGGCACACAAAUAAUGAAACUUGUUUGCUUGUUUUGGCUGUGAUCCUUAUUAUUUCAAGAACCUGAAGUUUUUAUCAGUGAGAUUCUUCAUGUGGCUUCAUAUUUGGUGUAAGAAUCAGUGGAAUAUGAAACAUGACUGAUCUUGACAUCUUUUUCAUGUUUCCAGAGUCUUUGUGAGUUGCCCUUAUGCAUAUCUCCCUUAUGGAGAGCUGCAUCCUACAUUGAUAACACACAUUGCAUUGCAAUGCAAUGCAGUCUAAUGCUUAGGUUCCAGAGCUAGGCUAGUUGGGCAGCACAGCAUGGCCAUUAACAGAACCCUUUAUGGGGGGGGGGUGUUUUUCUGAACUAUGAUGCACUAAAGGAUUGCUAAAUUGGCUAUUGGAUCCAUAGAGGCCACAGGCCAAGAGGGAGAGCGCUUCUACUUACACUAGAAGGAAUGCAAUAAUUGUUGGAGGGGGCCUUGUAUGCUGUGUAGUGCUGGAUGCAGGACAUCCAGAUGUGGAACAUCUGCAACUGAUGAUGGACCAGCCACUGCACCCAGCAAGGGAGAGCUGAUCACUCCACUAGAAAAAUGGUUCUGUGAAAUCCCAUCCAGCAGAACUCGGUCUUUCCGAAAAUAAAUGUUGACAUGCAUCUGAGGUUUUUCUUUGUGCUGGGGUAUUUCAGAAACAUAAGACCUUGAUACUGAAUUGGAAACUAGCUACUCACAGAUGACGUGUUUCCGUAUGUUGUAGGAUAUAUGUGGCCUGGAAGUUUUGAAAAGAUGUAAAAUCUGGAUUUAGAAAAGAAUUGUUUUUCCUUUCUUCAACUCGUUUUCAUUAUCACUAAAAUAUUGUCAUCUUCAUUAUACCUGUUUGUAGUUUCCUUUCCAUAGUCUAAUACAGGCUUCCCCAAACUGCGGCCCUCCAGAUGUUUUGGCCUACAACUCCCAUGAUCCCUAGCUAAGAGGACCAGUGGUCGGGGAUGAUGGGAAUUGUAGUCCAAAACAUCUGGAGGGCUGAAGUUUGGGGAUGCCUGGUCUAAUAGUUCUGAACGUCCUCAAGGAUAUGAACCACUUUAUUUAAUCAGAGUUUCUAUACCAUUAUUGUUACAUAUUUAUAGAUCCAAAAUCAGGUCACUUAAAAAAAAAUAACAAUGAUUGCCCAAUCCUUAUAUUACUGUGAAAUGUUUCAAGUGUCAUCGAGAGAAUAUAUAUUAUUGCUUUUUGUUUGCUAAGGUUCAAAUAACAAAGCUCUUGGUACAAAUAUUAAUUUUCUCCCCAAGAGUUUAAAUUAAUUGGUGUUGCACUUUGAUUAUCUGCACGAAUCAUUACAGACGCUGUAAUAUAUUUUUGUAUAUGUUUAUAAGAUUUCUCCUUUUUGUGUGUAACAGUUCUGGGAAAUAAAAUUCGCUGUUUAAUAAAGUUAA